CCAAAGUAGGAGAUCUUUAGCUUGUUUCACUGUGGGAGCCUGUUGGACUUUGCUUAUAACUGCGUAUCCAGUAAUAUAUUUAUAAUAAUCAUCUGCAACAGCAGUGAUUCAAGAUGAACACUGCAGGUUUGAUAGGCCAACGCUGGAAUAGUUAAGUAAGGUUAGUUAACAUGUAAGAAACUUCAACUAUUGUCAUGUGUUCGAUGAAUGAAGAUGACAUUGUUGUUAUUAAUCUAAGUGUGUGUCCGUUUAUGGUUAUGAGAGGAAAAAGAGUGUAAUGACAUCAUUGAGUUUCCCCAACCGCUUUUGUUCCGCACAAACCAUGCCAUUAAUUGGCAUCUGCAGGCCCCAGCAAGUCCAAAAAUGUCACCCCUAUCUUGCUACGAACUUGCCUUCUGGAGAUAUGGGAUUUCAUUGUGUUUUUUAUCCCUGCACCUAUAAGCGGAAACUUGACUAAAUUUGCAAUCGACCUAACCCCUUCCGAAGCACACCAAUGGACAUCUACAGGCUCCAAUGAGUCCAACCAUGUUGCUCCCAUCGGACCUUUCUGCACGUGUCUAUCGGGCCUUUCUGCACGUGUCUAUUUUCAGGGGCAAUAUGUCCGUAGGUAAGUAGGAGAGUUGAAAGGGUUGGCGGUGUUCCAGCUGAAUUAUAAUUGUAAGUUGUAUUGUUUGUCCAGAUGAAAGUAUAGCCCAACUCUCUUUUGGAUGUGUGCGUGUCUAGAUGAUCAUCUAAUUAGUUGGAUGACUGCAUGCUUUAAUGCAUAACAAAAUGUAAAGUAAGAGUGGUCAGGUGAAACAUUAUCAAUCCAAAUAACUGCUUGACUGAUGUUGUACCAUGACCAACGCAUAUGUCUCCAAAAUACGUGUGUGGUGACCUCCUAUUUUAGCCAAUCAUAACCAGCCGCCUUCCAGCCCUGGACCGGGCCUAGAGAAUCCAACCAACUCGUCUCUCUAAAAGUCUGGUAUCUAUGCUCAAGCUUCACCCCCUGAGAUUCAGCACGUUGCAUUCUUAAGUCACACAAAUGGAUUAGAGUGGAUUUGAUCUGAGGCACUUUCCUUUGCAGUUCAUCUGACCACUAGUGAGCUGCGGGCCAGCCACUAUCUCAUGCGUCUGGGCUUUUCUCAACUCUCCUCAGCCUUUACGCAGCGUCUGGACUCUUCUCAUCUCUCCUCAGCCUUUACGCAGCAGCAUCUGGACUCUUCUCAUCUCUCCUCCUCUCUACGCGCGAUGCAGACGCGGCUGCUCUCCUAAAGUGAAACAUAUUCCGGUUACAAUCGUUUAAGUCCCUGAUAGCCUCUCAUACAUGCAUAACGUAGCUUCACGGAAUGUUCAUCGACACGUUGAAUGUAGACGCGUCGUGUGCACCCUUGGGACCCCCCCGCCCCCCUCCCACUCAGCGCCGGAGUCGCCACGGAUCGCGCCCCAUUCCGUCCCUGCCGCGCGGCCGACAUGACCGACUUUGUAGCCACUGUUCCGUUUCUCCCCGGUUUCCCGUUACCCCCCGGUAUCCUCGGCAAACGUUUCCCGGACCGCGGGCUCUGUGACGAGGCGGACCCCAGCGGGGGACCGGGAGAGGGUCACCCACACCAAGUUCGAGGGGCUCGCUCUGCGCGGCUCGCGGAGGAGCGCCCCGCGGAUGAUCCCAGAGUCACCCUGGAGGCGGGUGGUCUGUGGGGGGAGUUCCAUCACAUGGGGACGGAGAUGGUCAUCACCAAGUCCGGGAGAAGAAUGUUUCCUCCGUUCAAAGUGACCGUCCGCGGGUUGGAUCCCGGCUCCAAGUACAUCCUCCUGAUGGACAUCGUGGCGGCGGACGACCGGCGCUACAAGUUCAACCACUCGUGGUGGACGGUGGCGGGCCAGGCCGACCCGGAGAUGCCCAGACGGAUGUACAUCCACCCGGAGAGCCCGUCCACCGGAGACCAGUGGAUGUCCAAGCCGGUGGCUUUCCACAAGCUCAAACUCACCAACAACACGUCGGAUAAGCACGGAUAUACCAUUCUGAACUCGAUGCACAAGUACCAGCCGCGGUUCCACAUCGUGAGGACCAACGACAUCCUCAGGCUGCCCUACAGCACCUUCCGCACCAUCGUGUUCCCGGAGACAGAGUUCAUAGCCGUCACCGCCUACCAGAACGACAAGAUCACGCAGCUGAAGAUAGACAACAACCCAUUUGCUAAAGGCUUCAGAGAUGCAGGAAACGGAAGACGAGAGAAGAGGAAGCAGUGGAGGCCCUCAGAGGGGGAGGAGGAACCCGGCCCCCAGGACCCGGACUCAGACGACUCCUCCUGUCACCUGACCGGCGCUAGGGGGCCCGCCUCCAUCCCGACGGCCAAUCACGACGGGAAGAAGGCGGAGAGCGAUGAAGACCUCAGUCCCCUGCAGCAGGGGUCCCCCGGAGACCCCGGUCGCUGGGGGGGCCCUGGGUCUCCUCUGGACCUCACCGAACGGGACUCCCCCCCUCUGAGGCCCCGACACCCGGGGUCCGGGAACAGACACGGCGCGCUCCACAGGACGACCCCCAAACCCUCCCGACCCCACGGCGAGACGGAGCGGGACCGGGGCGUGGCCAGAGACGGUGUGCUGCCCGCGGCUUGGCUGACCGCGGGGGGUCUAUCUGCGUUGGGGUUCUACCCGCAGCCCCUGAUCAGGCUGGGGUAUCCGGCGGUGUUCCUGAACCCCGGGCCGGCCGCCCUCCUCCCACGGGCGAUCUGCGGCGCCGGGCGGCUGCUGGUGACUCAGGGGGUCUCCGUGUCCCAGAGUGGAGGAGGGGGAGGAGAAGGGGGGCUCCCCCACCCCUACGGCCUCCUGGGCGUGGCCUCGGGGCCCCCCAGCACCACCGCCACCAAGAGGCCCCCCAGCCCGCGAGACUCCCAGCCCUGGCUGAGGUUCAGCCCCUACCACACCCCCCCUCCCUCCAGGGGGCCCCUGACCUCCGGGCCCCCAGGCCCGCCGGGCCCCCGGCCCCCCGCUGGUCUGGACCCAGCGAGGGAAGCGGUGACCAAGAGUGACCGGUAGUGACCGAGAGUGACCGAUAGGGACCAAGACCCUUGGAGACAACCGCUAUCACAACCCCUACAUCCAGCCCCUACUGCUGCCAACACUCUCCCACUACCUCACCCACUACCUCUACCACUACCACUACCACUACCUCUACCACUACCACUACCACUACCACUACCUCUACCUCUACCACUACCUCUAC